AUGUAUUUUGUUAUUUCCUUAUCGUACGUUAAAACUCGCACCAAGGACACGAGAAACAACAAGAGCAAAGAACACAUACUUUGUUUAGAUGAAAUGUUGAGUUCGAGAAAACUCGCACUGGUCAUUGGAAAUAACAGUUAUGAAGUCGGGAAGAAACUUAAUUGUUGUCUGAAUGAUGCAUUAGAUAUCGGGAAUGUUUUGGAAAAAUUCGAUUUUCAGGUGACUGUCGGUGUUGAUUUACCAUACGUGAAAAUGGUGCAAAAGGUUCUUCAAUUCCAACGACAAGUUCAAAAAAAUGACCUACUUCUCAUCUUCUAUUCUGGACACGGUGCUCAAUGGGAAGAUCAACAUUAUCUAAUUGGUAUUGAUAACAAAUGUCUUUCCGACGACUUCGAAAUGUAUCCACAUUAUGCCAUUAGUAUUCAGUCAACGCUCGAAUCGAUGAUGAAACGACAACCGUGUACGAUUAUUCUUCUUCUCGAUUGCUGUCGGAAUAAUUUAAAUCUCGAAGAUCAAGUGUCUAACACGAAAAAUGUUUCCCAAGAGAAUGUCACGGAUGUGAAUUUAACAUCAAUGAAAAGCAUUCCGAAUACUUUAAUCGUUUUCGCUUGUGGAUCCAACGAAGUUACAUUAGAAAAUUCGAAGAAUGCUCGAAAUAGUUUGUUUACUUAUCAUUUACUCAAACAUAUUAUCGAGCCGAAUUUAAAUGUUGAAGAAGUCAUGAGUCGAGUAUGUCAUGGAAUCUACGAAGAUACCAAUGGGCAAUCGUGUUCGUAUAGAUUAAGUUCGUUACGAACAUCGAACGUUUUUUUCCACACGUCAUCGAAAGAUAUGCCAUUAUAUGUUCCUUUACCUUCGUGUCAUGAGAACAAAAAACUCGAAGAAGAAAUCGAGAAGUGUAAUUUUCAAUCAAUAGUCGAUUUAGAUCAUUGGAAUUUAACUGACAAUGAUAUGGAAAUUGUUGUUGCACAAGCGAUUAUUAAAAAACAAUGCCGAAGACUUUAUUUACAAAACAAUAACAUUACGUCGUACGGAGCAUUGAGAAUUGCUGUUGCUUUAGAAAAUAAUAUAACAUUGAAUACAUUAAACUUGAAUAAUAAUCAUUUGUCGGAUGUUGGUGUGAGAUAUUUAGCAGAAAAGAUUUCAUCGAGUCAAUCGAUUCUUCAAUAUCUCGAUCUUGGUUCAAAUGAAAUUACGGAUCUCGGUGUUCAACAUAUAAUUGAAAUAAUAAAACGGACUCGAACGUUGACUUUUCUCGGAUUAGCAUGUAAUGAUAUUGGAAAUCAAGGAAUGCAAUUGUUGAUUAAUGUGAUUCUACAAGAAAAUAGUCAAAUUGAAGAGUUAUGUGUAAAUGGAAAUCGGUUAAUUGAUGAUCUGUGUGUGGAUCCGAUUGUACAAAUGUUAAAAAGCAAUCGAUCAUUGCGACGAUUUCGAAUUCAUAAUUGUAAUCUAUCAAAGAAAUUCAAAAGGAAACUUCGACGAGCUAUCCGAUGGAAAUUUUUCCUAUCUGUUCAUGCAUAA